AUGACAUACAAAAAAUUCAAUAGAGUUAGAAAGAAAAGUUAUCAUUAUAAUCCUAGUAAAAGAAAUUCUAAUAAGGGUAUUUGGAAUCGUUUGGUGCAGUAUCAUAGUAAAUCAUGUGUAAAAGGAGAUAAAAAUUGUAAAUUGAAACGAUUUAAAAAUAAAUGUACUAGUCUUACAAGAAAGAUCAAAUCAGAACAAUCUAUUGAAUUGGUCGUAACAAAGAAAAUCAAUUUACAUGAAAUCAAUAGAGAUCUUGAAUUAGAAGUAUUACCAAGUAAUAGCGACAAAAAAUUUGAUGAUCUAUUGGAAUUGAUCAAUACUUCUAGUCCCAUCAGAAGUGAACAAUUCGGUUCCAAAGACCGACUAUACAAUUCAAUGGGUAAGCUUAUGCUGAAUACAUAUACCCACCAACCAAGAAAGUUUGACACUUUAAAUAGUAAUCACACAUGUUUUCAAACAGUAGUACAAAAAAUUAAACCCAAUAACUCAAAUGACAAAAAUAUUUUAAAAACAUUUGCGAAAUCGGCAGAGACACCUCCUCAUACUUAUAACAAAAAAAAUAGUGUCACACAUAAUUGCAAUAAAAAUGAUUUCUGUCAUAGAAAAAAACCGAACGCAAAUUCGAAAGUUAAAAAUGUUAAUGAAAUACGACCAAGGAAGUACAACGUCUCUAAACCAAACAAAACAAGGUUUGUUUCUCCCUCAACACCUCCACAGAAACCGAUAAGGGGUUCUACAAAAGCUUGGGAAUUGCUAGAAGGAUAUGAAAAGCAUUGUGAAAAGAAACAGAAGGAAACUAAUUGGGACCAUUUUAAGGAAAACACAGACGCUGCUUCACCAUAUCCCUAUUUUCUGUAG